CACGUGGCGCUGGGAACCGGCGGGGGGGCUGGGCACGGGCCUGGCAGUGGUGAACUCGAACCUGCUGCUGUCGCCGCGGCGAGGUGGGGAGCGCGGCAGCCGGCGCCGGCUUUCCGGCCUCAUGGACGCGCCACGCGCCUCCGCGCUCCCCGCCGGAGAGGUUCGUCCCGGGCAGGGCGCGGGGUUCCACGCGGGCUCGUGGCGGGGCGGCCCUAACCUGCCGGGCGCGUGACCGUGUGCGCGCUGUGGGGGGGGAUCCCGCUGGACCGAAUGGGGGGGGCGAGCCCCGCGCACCUGCGCACAGGCUCGGCGAGCUGCGCUGUGCGUGGGGACCCGAAAGGGCCCCCUCCGGGAGCGCGAGCCGUGUGUCCGCGAACGUGCACGGGGGGGGGGGGAACACGCGCGAAUACAAAAGGGGGGGUGUGGGGUCUAAACGGCCCUUGCCCAUUUGGGACGCGCCAGGGGAUUCUGACCAAGUCCUGGUCGCUCGAGUCCGCCUGCGCAGCCCCCUGGGAAACCGGCCUGGAAUUCCUGUGGGGAGGAGGGUGGGGGAAGGGGAGCCAGCAGAGCUUCCAGAGUUCCUGCCAUUGGCCGGCCUUUGGCCAUCAGCAUGGAGAAUUCACGCUGUGACCUUACUUGUGGAGGAAGUGACCCCCAAACGCAGCCCUGUGCUUCCUUGGCGAAGGGGGCACGUUUAUUUAUUAAUCCAGUAUCCAUUAAGGUCACUCUGCCAGGCCGGGUGUGGGGCAGGGGUGGGGGAGGAGGUUGUGGCCGGCGAGGACACAAAGAUGCCUACCCCAGGGGAGCUCAGAGCCUCACGCACGUUUUCUCUCCCCUCCCCACAGGUAAGGCUGGCCUCUCUGCCUUCGGAGGUCUGAGCUCUGCCAUGGGGGUAGGGGUGUCUUUACUGCUGCAGUUUUCUCUGACAUCUGGGGGCUACCACUGUGUGGGCCGAAGCAGGCGCUCCAGCCGCAGAAGUAUCCCCAGGAGGAGCUGGAAAAAGCCUCAUCUCCAGCUCCACAGCCGCCAGGAGGAAGAACCGAUGCUGGAACGUCGCUGCAAGGGCCCCGUGGCCAUGGGCCCUGCCCAGCCCCAACUCCUUUCUGGACCCUCCCAGGAGUCACCCCAGACCCUGGAGCAGGAGCCCCAAGGGCUGAGGUCACAAGGCAUGGCCAUGACCCAGUCGGGCAGCAAGGCCCUCCAGCGGGCCCAUCGUUGUGCCCACUGCCGAAGGCACUUCCCGGGCUGGGUGGCCCUCUGGCUUCAUGCCCGGCACUGCCAGGCCCGGCUGCCCCUACCCUGUCCCGAAUGUGGCCGGCGCUUCCGCCACGCCCCCUUCUUGGCGCUGCACUGCCAGGUCCAUGCCGCCGCCACCCCAGACCUGGGCUUUGCCUGCCACCUCUGCGGGCAGAGCUUCCGAGGCUGGGUGGCCCUGAUUCUGCACCUGCGGGCCCACUCGGUUGCGAAGCGGCCCAUCGCCUGUCCCGACUGCGAGAGACGCUUCUGGCGAAGAAAGCAGCUGCGGGCCCAUCGGCGGCGCUGCCACCCGCCGGCCCCCGAGGCCCGGCCCUUCAUCUGCGGCAACUGCGGCCGCAGCUUCGCUCAGUGGGACCAGCUGGUUGCUCACAAGCGGGUUCAUGUGGCCGAGGCCCUGGAGGAGGCAGCGGCCAAGGCCCUCGGGCCUCGGCCCCGGGGCCGCCCGGCCGUGACCGCGCCCCGGCCGGGUGGAGACGCCGUCGACCGCCCCUUCCAGUGUGCCUGCUGCGGCAAGCGCUUCCGCCACAAGCCCAACCUGAUUGCGCACCGCCGCGUGCACACGGGCGAGCGGCCCCACCAGUGCCCCGAGUGCGGGAAGCGCUUCACCAAUAAGCCCUACCUGACCUCGCACCGGCGCAUCCACACGGGCGAGAAGCCCUACCCGUGCACCGAGUGCGGCCGCCGCUUCCGCCACAAACCCAACCUGCUGUCGCACAGCAAGAUCCACAAGCGCUCCGAAGGGGCCGCGCAGGCUGCCCCCGGCUCCGGGAGCCCACAGCCUCCCGCCGGCCCCCCGGAGCCCUUGGCCGAGCCCUCCGCGGAAGCCCCGCGGAAGCCCGCCCGGGAGCCCGCUCAGAAGCCUCUGGGGCCCGCGGAGGAGCCGCCCCGGGACCAGGCCGAGGCCGCCGCCUCUCUCUAUGGCUGCGAGGACUGUGGCCGGAGCUUCCGGCUGGAGCGCUUCCUGCGGGCCCACCAGCGGCAGCACACGGGCGAGCGGCCCUUCACCUGCGCCGAGUGUGGCAAGAACUUCGGCAAGAAGACCCACCUGGUGGCCCACUCCCGGGUCCACUCGGGCGAGCGGCCCUUUGCCUGCGAGGAGUGCGGGCGCCGCUUCUCCCAGGGCAGCCACCUGGCGGCGCACCGGCGCGACCACGCCCCGGAGCGGCCCUUCGUCUGCCCGGACUGCGGGAAGGCCUUCCGCCACAAACCCUACCUGGCGGCCCACCGGCGCAUCCACACAGGCGAGAAGCCCUACGUCUGUCCCGACUGCGGCAAAGCCUUCAGCCAGAAGUCUAACCUGGUGUCCCACCGGCGCAUCCACACCGGAGAGCGCCCCUAUGCCUGCCCCGACUGCGACCGCAGCUUCAGCCAGAAGUCCAACCUCAUCACCCACCGCAAGAGCCACAUCCGGGACGGCGCCUUCUGCUGUGCCAUCUGCGGCCAGACCUUUGACGACGAGGAGAAGCUCCUGGCCCAUCAGAAGAAGCAUGAUGUCUGAGAGGGCAGGACCUGCGGAGGCCGAGGGAGGGGGGCCCUGGGCGGCAUUCACACUGUGCCCUGUGCUGCUGCUGUGGGGGUGGGUGGGCUGCCCCCCCCACCAGAGAGGGAUGUUCUUCCCCCUACCCCACUCCACAAUCAGGGAGCCCACUUGCAGAGCAGGGACCCCGGCCUCCAGCAGGUUUGCUCAAUUUCAGUCCUGACUGUCCUGUGCCCUGGAAAAGUAGCAAUAGCAGCUCCACCCACCCCUUAGAGCCCUCCCCGCCGGAGGGGCCACCAGUGGACAGGAGGACCCUUUUCUGAUGUUAACGCCUUAAUGUCCCUGUCUUUAACUAUGAGUUCCUUCAGCUUGUUUUUUGGAAGUAGGUGUGGUACAGUCGUUAGUGAAUGAGCACCCAGGAGGAAAAGAGGACCAGCUGGAUACACCUGGGAGAACCUGCCGGCCUUGUUAGGCAGCACCUGGGCCUUUUCAAGUACUGGGCGGCAAAGCAGAGCUGCUCCAGCCUGUCUCGCCCCAUCCCCUCCCUCCUGCCCCUGCACAGGCACCUGGAUUUGGAGAGACCCAUCUACUGUUAGUGCUUUGUCCCCUUCCUCCCUCGACAUCAAUCCCCGGGGCCUCUCCCUACUGGUCUGACUUGCUUUAUCCAGCACCCUCCCAGCGCUUAGAACAUCCCCUGGCCGUCAGCUGCCCUGUGUCAGGGCUUUUGUUCGAACACCCCCAACCCUCCUUCCCUCCUUUCAGAACUCACCACGUGGGCAGAACUGCCCCACUGAUAAGGGAGGGUCAGCUGAUAGGAACCCAGGGUGAGUUUCCCCUUUGCCCUUUCUAGUGUGCGGAUGCCCAGCCUCUGCUUGAACACUUAGGUGACAGGGAGCCCCCCUACCUCCUGAGGCCCUGGUUCUACUGUAGGGUAAUUCUAAUUGUUAGAAAUUCUUCCUUAUAAUGAAUGAAGUCUGCUUCCUUGUAAUUUCUACUGUUGGGCCUUGUUUGUUCUCUGGAACUAAACACAACCACUUACCCUCCUUUUCGAACUAGAGAAUAAAGAUCUGGUUUUAGAACCA